AUGAGUCGCCAUGAUAUGAUCUCUGUACCUCAAAGUGAGACUACCAAAGGAGUGACACAAUCAUAUUGUACUCCCAAAUCCCAGAUGCAUGAUUUUUUGGGUAGUGAAUCAGAAGGCAGGAGUUUAGCGGCCAGUGAAUGCUCAUCUGCACGCCUGUCACCUUUCAUACGGGCAGAAUCUCUUGGUUCUCCUACAAAUAUUCAAGGAUCUAGUGUUCAACAUUCCCAGAACACAUUUUCGCGGUCUUCUGUUUUCUGUACCAGUUUGUAUCAGUCAUCUUCAUCGAGUUCUGAAACCUCUCGGCAGCUUGGAAAUUUGCCAUUUCUUCCACAUCCUCCAACAUAUAGCCAGUCCAUUUCUGCUGUUGUUUCGAAAUCGCCAUUUCUCUUAAGUGACGAUAUGAGCAAUCAAUAUGAUGACGAAGAAUCAGAGGAUCUCAUGAAAGACUUUCUUAAUUUGCAUGGAGAUGGCUCUCAUGGUAGCUUUCAUGGUAUUAGUUGUGGAAGUGACACUCUAGCACUUACAGAGCAAUUAGAGUUACAGUUUUUGUCAGAUCAACUUGACAUAGCUAUCACGGACAAUGGAGAAAAUCCUGGGCUUGACGAAAUAUAUGAAAUUCCUCAAGCCUCACUAAAACCGGCCAUAGGAUUGACAUGUAGUAAGAGUUGUCGCUUGACAACACCACCUGUUGAUGCUCUUUCAAGUCACCCCUCUCCUGGACCUUCGCCUGCACAUAGACCACGAAUGCGAUGGACACCUGAGCUCCAUGAGCGUUUUGUAGAGGCUGUUAACAAGCUUGAUGGUGCUGAAAAGGCUACUCCAAAAGGUGUAUUAAAGGCCAUGAAUGUUGAGGGCUUAACCAUUUAUCAUGUGAAAAGCCACUUACAGAAAUACCGACUUGCCAAGUAUAUGCCAGAGAAAAGAGAAGAUAAGAAGGCCUCUAGUUCUGAAGAAAAGAAAGCAGCUUCAAGCAGCAGCGAAAGUGAUGGACGAAGAAAAGGGAGCAUUCAAAUCACUGAGGCUCUGCGCAUGCAAAUGGAAGUUCAGAAGCAACUGCAUGAGCAGCUUGAGGUUCAAAGGGCCCUUCAGCUACGCAUAGAAGAUCAUGCAAAGUACUUGCAGAAGAUCUUGGAGGAGCAACAGAAAGCUGGCAGCGCCUUACUUUCUCCACAAGCCUUGUCAUCGCUGACGACUAAUUCCAUCCAAGAGCCUGAACAACAACCUUCAUCAUCAGCUGGUGUAUUGCCGACGCAACCUGCUGAGUCUGACUCAUCAUCACCUCUAUCAUUGAAGCAUAAAGCUACUGAUAGCAGUGAAUCUGAGCCACCAGCAUGCACCAAAAAGCAACGUCUUGAAGAGAAACCAGAUGAGGGUGUAGUUGAAAAUCCUCAGCAAUAA